AUGGCCUCAAAUCCAUAUGUGCCAAAUAUCUACAUCAUCGGACCGCAAUCUACGGGCAAAACAACACUAGUCAACGAAUUACAGGCUGAUCUAGAGCACGGGCUCGUCGACUCAUCUAUCGAUAAGCCACAAAUCGUCUCCGAGGUCGCCAGAAGUGUUCUUGCAAAACACAAAUACUCAGCAGAAGAUAUCCGAACAUCCAAAGUCAGGUGCCUCGAGCUCCAGCAACUCAUUCUCCAAGCACAAGCAGAGGCCGAGAAGGAAGCUCUCAAGACUUCGAGCUGGUUCAUAUCCGACCGUGCCGGGUUCGACCCAUUGGUCUACGCAAAACGAUAUGCCUCCCCAGGAGCCGAGAAAGAGCUGCAGCAACUCGAAACCUGGAAACAAGUCAAGGCAAGAAUGGAGACAUCUUUGAUCGUGGUCUGCGAAGCGGGCACCCCGUGGUUGAUGGAUGAUGGCGUGCGACUUAUGCCCGGAAGCGAGACAGAGUGGAUGCAAGUCUUUGAUGACUUUUGUCAAAUAUUGAAUAUUGACGCGGCGGGUUGUGCCUCGUGGAGGACAGCCCUUGCGUUUGCAUUCAUUGCGUGGUUCCUCCAUCUUCUUAGUGGCAUUCUUGGUGUAUAUGUCUUGCAGACUUAUAUCAAGCUUGACGAGACAAAGACCGAUUUGAAACAACAUGCAGAAAAGCUUGCCAGGUAA